AUGUCUUCAUCAGCCGAACAGAGGGCUCGCCUCGGACGGCCUGCCAGUCUCGAUACCCUGCCUGCAGAGCUCCUUGAGACCGUUGUGGUCUUCGUUGCGAUGCAGGAUGAGCGUCUUGCUGGGGCGCAGCACAUGCAGCCUCCGAGGACGAGGUGGCCGUUCGAGAAGGGCUUGAUCGCGCUGUCCUUGACCUGCAAGCGUAUGCGCGCCGCCACGCUGCCGUUCCUCUGCAAAAAGGUGGUCGUCGCGCGGCAGCUUCUCCAGCCCAUCUUCCAGUUCGGCCGCAUCCCCCAAGCCAUGCUCGUCGGCAUCGAGGAGCUCGACUGUCGCGGCGUUGAACUCGAGACUUUCGCGGCGGCCGGCAAAGGUCUCCCUGCGCUGUCGAACUUGACCUCCGUCAAGAUCGACUACGGCAAGUUGUGCGCGAUCUCUUCGGGCCUGUACGCCGGCUGCCGAUUCCCUCGAGACCGUCGUUUUGUGCCUUCGCCCCCACCACUGCACUCGAAGACCCCGCCGCCUUUCUCCCCGACUUAUCCGCAGUUCUCGCCAGCCCCGCCACGCUUCUCACCGACCUCACCGCGGUACUCGCCAAGAUCACCGCAUUUCUUGCCAACUUCACCGCAGUACUCGCCAGCGGCACCGCGUUUCUCGCCAACCUCGCCAUGCUACUCGCCAGCAUCGCCGUGCUUCUCGCCUAGGUCGCCCCUGUACUCGCCUGAGUGGUUGCCUCUUUCGCCGUACCAGAUGAGAUACCCAUCGCCAUUGCAAGCAAACGCCGCUCUUGGGCAGCCUGCCCGUCCAGCAAUCGAUCGUCUCGAAUUCGAGCUCGCGAUAGACGCCUUCCGCCGACACAGGCAGCGCAUCCGCUCGUUGACUCUGAUCGACGUCGAUUCGGGCGAGUUCGCCAACUGGCUCAACGUCUUCGCUCGACGCGACAUUCUGCAGCACCUUACCAUCGGACCUUCGCCAAACUUCAUCCAGCUUGACCAGCUUCGCAUGUUCUCCUGCCUGUCGAGCUACAGCAUUGUAUCCCUCGACCUGAGCGACAUCAGCCUUCGCGAGCAAGGACGGCUCGACAUGGACGACGUCGUCUCCCUUCCGUCGCUGCAGGAACUCCAGAUCAACGUUCGAGCCCCGAAUUGGCUCCGCCUAGUCGAGCGCCUCGCAGCAAACGUCGUCAAGUUGAACCUCGUCUGCACGGAGAUGCCGCUGGACGCCCGCCACGCCGCCCUCCGCUUUCCGCAACUCCGCGAGCUCCGCUUGACGGGACCCGCGUCGAGCUUGACGCGGCUGGCCGCCUUCAUCGACUGCAAGAUAGCCACCCUCGUCUGGAUCCAGCAGCGCGCGAGUUAUUGGGAGACAUUUGAGGGCACCGACUUUGUCGAGCACCUCGGAGACUUCCCUUCACUGCGCAUCGUCUCCUUCGGCGAAAUCACCGACUUGCCGCCCGGGGAGAUGCAAAGCGUCAAGACCGCCUGUGCGCAACAUGGCAUCAAGUUUGGUUCCCAGACCCUCGACCACAAGCCCCGAAUUCCGUCGAGUCGCAUGUCGACGCUUAACGGGCUUUCGUCGCCUUCGGAGAUCGCAACGAGUCUUGACGGAUUGAUCGGGUGGAUGUCGGACCGCAUCGAUUGGCUCAAACGUCGCGGCGACGUCAAAGGCUUGCGGGAGAUGGUUGACCUGAUGGGCGGAGUGGAUGCCAGGGAGACGUUGGAGCGCGCUUGA